AUUUUAAAGAAGAAGACAUGGCGUCACGACUCUUCAUAAACAGUUGGAGGUGAAGAUAUGAAGAUUUUGAGCUGUUACACGAACUCAAACAUGUUUUUUGCCUGAUUGAGUGUUGAGAUGGAAAUCAUGGCCGUGAAUCUGUCAGCUACCUCCCCAUCCACCUCCACGCUGCCUCCAUCGCCCUGUGUGGAGGACUCUGGGUUCCCGUUCUCCUCUCUUGACAGUGAAGACUAUGUGUUUGUGGAGGCUCGGCAUCCCAACAAAGUGCUGGAAGGCUUGAACAGCUUACGGCUCAAUAACGCCUUCUGUGACGUGACUCUGUGCUGUGGAGGGCAGGAGUUUCCCUGUCACCGUAUCGUGUUGGCCUCCUUCAGCUCUUACUUUCAGGCCAUGUUCUCCACUGACCUGAUGGAGUCACGGCAGGAGCGGGUGGUCAUCAACGGGGUGGAGCCUCAGAUGAUUGGCAUGUUGGUGAGCUACGCUUACACGGCAGAAGUGGUGAUCUCCAAAGCUAACGUGCAGGCACUGCUGGCGGCCGCUAACCUGCUGGAUGUGAUGGCAGUGCGUGAGGCCUGUUGCAGGUUCAUGGAGCGGCAGAUGGAUGAGAUGAACUGCGUGGGCAUCCACUGCUUCGCCGAGGCGCACUCAUGCCGUGAGCUGGAGCGCUGCAGCAUGGAAUACAUCCAACAGCACUUCAGCAGCGUCUGCCAACAGGAGGAGUUUCUGUCUCUUUGUGCUGAUAAACUGACUGAGAUCAUAUCCAGUGACCAUCUGAAUGUGCCAAAGGAGGAGACAGUGUUUGAAGCAUCCAUGCUGUGGCUGGAGAAGAACUCCUCACGCAGACAGAGCUUUGAAAAGGUUCUAGAGCACAUCAGGCUGCCUCUCAUCAGUCCAUACUAUAUCCAUGAUGUCAUCGAGACUCUGGAUGUGGUGAAGGAAUCGCUCAAGUGCCAGAAGCUCAUCUCUGAAGCAAAGGAUUAUUUACUGCUGCAGGACCGCAGAGGAGAGCUGUACGGCCCCAGAGCUCGCCCACGACGAGCAACAGGUACAGCCGAAGUUAUCGUGACGGUUGGAGGAGAGGAUGAUAAGGUGGUGUUACGCAGUGUGGAGAGUUUCGAUCCCCUCACCAGCCAGUGGAAGAGUCUGGCCUGCCUGCCAUUCGCUGUCAGCAAACACGGUUUAGUCGUGUCUGGCUCGAUGCUGUAUCUGGCUGGAGGGGAGUUUCCAGACGGCUCGGCGAGCAGGGAGAUGUGGCGAUAUGACCCAUGUUUUGACUCCUGGUUAGAGAUGGCACCCAUGAAUGUGGCCAGAUCAGAACUGGGGUUGGUGAUGUUGGAUGGAUAUGUGUUUGCUGUGGGCGGUUGGGAGGGUCGGUCUCGUCUGGACACCGUUGAGUGUUAUAAUCCUAACACAAACACUUGGCAGUUUAUGGAAUCAGUCAAGAUGGCGGUCACUAGUCCAGCUGUGGUGGCGCUGGAUGGAUUGCUCUAUGUGACCGGGGGUGCUGUUUUAGAAGAUGGCGAUGGCACAGACUUAGCACAAGUAUACAACCCUAAAACGUGUGUGUGGACCGAGGUGGCACCCAUGCAGAUUGCUCGCUCCGGAUCUGCAGCCUGUACACUGAAGGGCAAACUUUAUGUCAUAGGCGGCUGGCACGCUUCCACAGAGAACACCGAUAAGGUAGAGUGCUAUGACCCAAAGACCAACAAGUGGACCAUGUGUGCUCCGAUGAAGGAGAGACGCUAUCGACCCGGUGUGGCUGUGGUGGAUGGAAAGAUUUAUGUUUUAGGAGGAGAGGAGGGAUGGGACAGGUAUCAUGACACUAUAGAGCGGUACUGUGAGGAAUCGGACAGCUGGGAGAUCGUCGGUGAGAUGCCCACCAGUCGUAGCUGGCUCAGCUGUGUCUCUCUUCAGCUCAGGAAAGACACUAGCAUGAGCAGUCGUUCGGGCACUGCCUCCGAGACGGAGUUUCCUGUCGACUGAGAGCGUCAGAACGCCAUCUGCAUCACUACUGGUUGGUACAGAAGUCCAGGGAGCGAGCUUUCAGAGUGCCUGGCUCCAUGUCAUUUUCCACAGGCUGUUCAAAGAUGGAAAAGGUCCGACCCAACUACAGGAGGGUCUUAAGACAAUACUUGUGCCAUAAGCCGUUUCUCCAUGGUGUGAGACUAGAUACAUCGAUGGAUAUCUGUGGUGACUGUAAUGGUGUGUUCACCAUGUCGGACUCACCAUAAUUAUGAGUUUUGGCUUGUAAAAAAUGCUCAACUCUGAAUUUUAUGAAAGCUCUGACUUGACUGGUGUGACAUCAUAUAAAAAUAACCAAAAUGGCAGCGUCCUCGUCAGGGAUAAUUAGCCAAAAAUUACAAUUCUGUUUCUGUUUGAUGUGCCAUUUUAUUAUAGCCACAUUUACCCAGUGCGUUUUCUUUGUUCUUAAACAUUUGAAAGAACACAUACCUAUAGGCAAAUAAUAAAAAUGAUUAAAUAUUAAAUAUUGUAGUCAUCAACAAAGCUGCUAAUGGAGCCAUUUUGGAAUGUUUAUAGAAUCUCCAAGUUUUCAUCUAGUAAUUACAAUAAUUUUGACCUGGCGUGAACGCAGCAUAAGUGUGUGUAUGUGUCCACUGCCAUCCGUCUCAGAAUCUCCACAGUAUCAGUGUAAUAAUGUGACGUUACAGUGGUGUACAGGGUUUCAUACGCUGAUCACCUCAUGAUUGUGACUUAUGUGCUUAAUUGUUUUCUAACAAUGUGUUGUAGUGAAGAAUUUUUUUACUUUUUGUAUAGUGAUUUUCUUUUUUGUAUUUAUUAGUUGUUCUUUGUUGUGUUGAGAGAUUCAUGAAAUAACUACUACAAAUACACAUUAAACACAAUGACAUUCAUUAAAACUGUAAUACAGUGUAGUAUUACUUGGAAAUUAAUUUACCACAUACACUUCUGAAUAUUUACAUACAUAUAUUUAUAUAUACAAUCACUUAGCACUUUAUUUUGAACACUGGGUAGGGCCUCACUUUGCUCUCAAAACCUAAUUUCUUCAUGGCAUGGAUUCCACAAGAUGUCGGAAACAUGCCUUUGAGAUUCUGGUCCUUGUUGACAUGAUUGCAUUACACAAUUUCUGCAGAUUUGUCAGCUGCACAUUCCAGCUGCGAUUCUCCUGUUCUACCACAUCCCAAAGGUAUUCUAUUGGAUUCAGAUCUGGUGACUGAGAAGGCCACUGAAAAACAGUGAACUCAUUGUCAUCUUCAUGAAACCAGUUUGAAAUUACUUGUUUCAAAUCACCAUGUUUUGUGACAUGGUGCAUUCAUUAUCAUGCUGGAAGUAGCCAAUUAGAAGAUGGGUAAAUUGUGGCCAUGAAGGGAUGCACAUGAUCAGCAACAAUACUCACAUAGGCUGUGGCAUUCAAGCGAUGAUUGAUUGGUAUUAACAAGCCUAAAGUGUGCCAAGAAAACAUUCCCCACACCAUUACAUUACCAGACUAGACUGUUGACACAAGGCAGGUUGGAUCCAUGGAUUCAUGCUGUUGGCAGCAAAAUCUGACCCUACCAUCUGUGUGCCUCAGUAGAAAUCGAAAUUCAUCAAAUCAGCCUACAUUUUUUUAAGUCUUCAACUGUCAAGAUUUGGUGAGCCUGUGCCCACUGAAGCCUCUGCUUUCUGUUCUUGGCUGACAGAAGUGGAACCUGACGUGGUCUGCUGCUGUAGCCCAUCCGCCUCAUGGUUUGAUGUGUUGUGCAUUCUGAGAUGCUAUUCUGCUCACUACAAUUGUACAGAGUGGUUAUCCGAGUUACUGUAGCCUUUCUGUCAGUUCAAACCAGUCUGGCCAUUCUCCAUUGGCCUCUCUCUUCAACAAGGUGUUUCCAUCUGCAGAACUGCCGCUCACUGGAUAUUUUUUGUUUUUGGCACCAUUCAGAGUAAACUAGAGACUGUGUGUGAAAAUCUCAGGAGAUCAGCAGUUACAGAAAUACUCAAACCAGCCCGACUGACACCAACAAUCAUGCCACGGUCAAAAUCACUGAGAUCACAUUUUUCCCCAUUCUGAUGGUUGAUGUGAAAAUUAACUGAAGCUCAUGACCCGUAUCUGCAUGACUUUAUUCAUUGCACUGCUGCUACACGAUUGGCUGAUUAGAUAAUCUCAUGAAUAGGUAGAUGUACAGGUGUACCUAAUAAAGUGCUCAGUGAGUGUAUUACAGAAAGCUUCAGUUACACCAUUGUCAAAAGUUUGGAAUCACUAAGGCCAAAAACUUUGUUCUUGAAAGAAAUUAAUGCUUCACUUUACCAUGAAUUAAAUUGAUAAAAAACACUACCUUAAACAUUAGUAAUGUUGCAAAUUAUUAAUGCUAUUUCAAAUAUAUUUCAAUUUACAGUAUGGGACAAAGGGGUCUGUAAAAAAACAAGACACAACUUUGCAGGUAUGUCCAAAUACUGUCUUACUGCACACACAAAAGUAUGUACUACUUUCCCAUUACCAGCAAAGUGCAUUAGUUUAGUCUCGUAAUAAAUCUCACCUUAUCUGUCUUGUGUUCUGACAACUUUCCCAUUAAAAGUAAUGAAAUGCACAUGGAGUUUCUCAUUUAUUACAAGUCUGUAAAAUUUUGGAUAUAUAACACCUUUGAAAAAUGCUUCAUCAUGUUAAACCAACUGCAUUUGGCUAAGCGUAAAUUUUUAAAAAAAAAAACAAAUAUAUAUUUUCUUCCAGUAGUUAAAUAAACAUGAUCACCAAUGGCAAAAUGGGUACUAAAAAGUCAACAUUUUAAAACCUCUGAGAAACUUAAAGGUGGAUGUUCACCCAAAAUGAAACUCGGUCAUCAUUUACUCACUUGCCAGCAGCCAUGUCACCCUGUAGCUCAAGAUUGGUUGCCCACUGAAGCUAUGCAGGGUUGAGUCUGGUCAGUACCUGGAUGGCAGACCUGCUGGGGAACACUUAAGUUUGCUGCUGGAAGAGGUAUUAGGGAGUACAGCAGGGGGUGCUCACCCUGCGGACUGUGUGGGUCCUAAUGCCCCAGUAUAGUGACAGAGCCACUAUACUGUAGAAAGGCACCAUCCUUCAGAUGAGAUGUUAAACCGAGGUCCUGACUCUCUGUGGUCAUUAAAGUUCCCAGCGCACUUCUCGUAAAGAGUAGGGGUAUAAUCCUGGUGUCCUGGCUGUAUUCCCUCAAUUGGCCCUUCUCAAUCAUGGCUUCCUAAUAAUCCCCAUCCACUAAUUGGCUCUAUAACUCUCUUUCCACCAAUAACUGGUGUAUGGUGAGUGUACUGGCACACUAUGGCUGCUGUCGAAUCAUCCAGGUGGAUGCUGCACACUGGUGUGGUUGAGGGGAGUCCCCUGUUCAAU